AUGCCGCCAACAACGCUAGCAGAAGAUAGGCUGACGUCAGGGCACCGGUUAUCCCACCCGCUACCUGGUGAGGAAGUUCUCAUCACAGGAUGCUCAGGAUAUUUCCCGGAUUCGGACUCUGUCAUGCAUUUGCAGGAAAACCUUUUCAACAAGGUAGACCUAAUUUCUGGAGAUGGUCGUCGUUGGAAACUGGCUCACCCCGAGAUACCUCAGCGUACUGGCAAGAUCAACAAUGUGAACAAGUUCGACGCCUCGUUCUUCGGCGUGCACUUCAAGCAGGCGCACACCAUGGACCCCAUGUGCAGGAUCCUCCUGGAAAAGGCCUACGAAGCUGUCAUUGAUGCCGGUUUCAAUCCAAAGGAGCUACGCAAUACAAAGACUGGCGUGUUCAUCGGGGCGUGCUUUUCCGAAUCGGAAAAAACAUGGUUCUAUGAGAAAAUGCAAGUCAACGGUUUUGGUGUAACUGGAUGUUCCCGAGCCAUGUUGGCUAACCGCAUAUCAUACUGGCUGGGCGUCACCGGUCCAUCGUACACCGUCGAUUCAGCUUGCUCGAGUUCUCUUUACGCUUUAGAACACGCUUUCAGAGCCAUCCGCGAUGGGCAUUGCGAUGCUGCUAUAGUCGGAGGAUCCAAUUUGUGCUUACAUCCAUACGUCUCCCUGCAAUUCUCAAGAUUGGGAGUACUAUCAGCAGACGGCAGAUGUAAGAGUUUUGACAACCGUGCUAAUGGCUACGCUCGCUCCGAAGCGAUUGUCGUUUGCUUCUUGCAAAAGGCAAAAGAUUCAAGAAGGGUAUACGCGCAACUUCUCCACGCCAAAACCAACUGUGAUGGAUAUAAGGAGCAAGGUAUCACAUACCCGGCUGGUCAAAUCCAGAAGCUUCUGCUUACCGAAUUCUACGAAGAAUGUUCCAUACCGCCGUCAACGCUGGAAUACGUCGAGGCUCAUGGCACUGGUACUAAAGUCGGUGACCCGGAAGAAUUGUUAGCUAUCGAUGAAGUUUUCUGUACGGGUCGCUCAGAGCCCCUCAUGAUUGGAUCUAUCAAGUCGAACUUGGGACACAGCGAACCUGCAUCGGGUCUUUGUUCCAUCGCCAAACUUUGCAUAGCUUAUAGCACCGGCUACAUGCCACCAAACCUCAACUAUGAAACACCGCGUGAGGGUGUGGCUGCGCUGGCUGAAGGUCGGUUGCAGGUCGUUACAGAGAAACAGCCUUGGAACCGUGGCAUGACUGGAGUCAACAGUUUCGGCUUUGGUGGUGCUAACGCUCACGUUUUGUUGAAAAAUGUCGCUCGAGAUAAGGUUAAUAAUGGAAUACCAUCCGACGAUCUGCCACGUCUAGUGUGUGUGUCGGGCCGGACUGAAUCUGCCGUGGCUAAGAUUCUCGAUUACUUGGAGUCGAGGACAGUUGACGUGGAACUUAUUCGCUUAUUACAUGCCAUACAUAAUGAAGAUAUUAGCGGCCAUGUUGUCCGCGGAUAUACAUUGUUGGGAUCAGAACCAGAAAAGAGUGUAAUCCUGUCGCGUGAUAUUCAGUACUUCUCCGGCGUUCGUCGCCCAGUGUGGUUCGUGUAUUCAGGCAUGGGUUCACAGUGGGCCGGAAUGGGUACUCAGCUCAUGAGAAUACCCGUGUUUGCUGCAGCUAUACAAAAAUGCCAUAAAGUCUUAGAACCAAAAGGAAUCAAUCUAACAAAAAUCAUUACGGAUCCCGAUCCAAAGAUAUACGACAAUAUCCUAAACUCCUUCAUCGGCAUUGCUGCGAUCCAGAUUGGUCUUACAGAUGUCCUGAAAACCGUUGGAAUCGAACCUGACUACAUUAUAGGUCAUAGUGUUGGUGAGCUGGGCUGCGCGUACGCUGACGGAUGUUUCACGGCCGAAGAGAUGAUCUUAUCAGCUUACGGCCGUGGUUUGGCCUCAAUAGAAACACCCUUUAUCAAAGGCUCAAUGGCUGCAGUCGGCUUAGGCUAUAAUCAGGUCAAAACAAUGUGCCCACCAGAAAUCGAAGUGGCUUGCCACAAUGGUCCCGAAUCAAGUACGAUAUCUGGACCGGCUGAUAUCAUGAAGCAGUUCGUCGCUACAUUGGUAGGCCAAGGAGUAUUUGCUAAGGAAGUGCCUUGCUCAAAUAUCGCAUAUCACUCAAGAUAUAUUUCGAAAGCAGGCCCAAAGUUACUCAAGUAUCUCAGAGAAGUCAUCACUGAUCCAAAACCUCGAUCUGAACGCUGGGUAUCAACGUCAGUCCCCCAAGCACUAUGGAAAAACGCUAAAGCUGAGCUUUCGUCUGCUGAAUACCACACAAACAAUUUAUUGAGUCCAGUGCUGUUCGAAGAAACAUCGCGUCUCAUCCAUCCUAAUGCGAUUACAAUAGAAAUAGCACCGCACGGUUUGCUGCAGGCUAUUCUACGUCGUUCUCUUAAAAAAGACGUUGUCAAUAUCGCACUGACUCAGAGGAAACAGGAGGACAGUGUACAAUUUCUCUUCAAUGCGUUAGGAAAACUGUACGAAGCUGGAGUGAAUCCUCAGCUGGCCAACAUCUACCCACACGUACCGUUCCCCGUGUCUCAAGGAACCCCAAUGCUGGCCCAUCUAGUCGAAUGGGAGCACAGCGAAGACUGGUUCGUAACAUCGUACAAGGCCCAAGAGAAAAUGAAAUCCGGAGAAAGAACUGUCAGAAUGUCCAUCGCUGAUGAGGACAGUGAAUACAUGGCUGGUCACGUUGUCGAUGGGCGCAACUUAUAUCCUGCCACUGGAUACCUAGUGCUCGUGUGGGAAACGUUAGGUAUGAUGAUGGGCGAACUGUACACGGAAGUCUCCGUCGUUUUCGAAAAUGUCCGGUUCCAAAGGGCCACUAACAUACCCAAGGAGGGAAAUUUGGAAUUUAUUGUAAUGAUACAGAAGGGAAGCGGAAACUUUGAGAUUGUAGAAAGUGGAGCGUCAAUAGUAACAGGCCGUAUAUACGCAAAGAAAAAUGUGGGCCGAAAUUAUCGGGUACUUCCAGCUGUGCCUGAAGCAAGUGGGCCUAACAUCAAACACAUGCUUACUAAAGACUUUUACAAGGAACUUCGUCUUCGUGGUUACCAAUACAGUGGUCUGUUCCGUGGUGUUAUCGGAUGCAACGUUGAAGGCACACGUGGCCGCCUUGCGUGGGUCAACAAUUGGGUUACGUUUAUGGACUGCAUGCUCCAGCUCAAAAUAGUAGGUCAAGACACACGUGGACUUUACGUACCGACCAGGAUCGAGAAACUCUGCAUCGAUGCAAAUAUGCAUUACAAUGCUAUUACCAAAAUGAAUCCUGACUCUACAAGACAAUCGUUUGAGAUUCGCGUAUAUCCAGACGUUGAAGUUAUUAGGGCCGGUGGUGUUGAAAUCCGUGGCCUUCACGCUACACCUAUUUCGAAGAAAAUACCUCUUGGUAUUCCUGUCCUCGAGAAAAAUGAAUUUGUUUCUAACUUUGGAAAAGGAAAAAUGAAGAUUGAAGACGUACUCCGAGCCAACAUCCAACUUAUUUUAGAAAAUAUUCAAACAUACAAAGUCAAAAGCAUAGAAAUCGUAGAUGACGAGUACAAAGUGAAUGGAUUAAAACCAGUUAUAGAAACAGUUGCGGAUAUACUUGGAGAUUUGCCACUUGUUCAAGCCGAGCUUCUAGUAUUAUCAGAAGAAUCCAUAGAGAUGCCCUCUAAUAUUACUGUUGAAAAUAGGAAACUGUCCGGUGAAAGCAAUACUGUUAUUUUUGUUGGAGCUAAUUUAUUACAAAGACCAGACGUUCUUCAGCUCGCUGUUGCCACUUUACGAGACAAAUGUUUUAUUAUUAGCCGUGAAAAAGACCGACCCAACCCUAAAGAUUACGCUGAUAAAUACGACAUUGUCACUAUACAAGACACAGGCUCAGAACAUAUUGUCAUGUUCAGAAAAAGGAUAGGAGCUAAACCUGCUAAAUUUAUCAAAAUAGUUGCAGCAGAUCAAACGUUCUCAUGGAUUGACAAAGUCAAGGAGGAACUAAAAGAAGGACAUAAAGUUGUGCUUUACAGUCAAGAUGAGCCUAUAAACGGUUUGUUAGGUCUAGUUAAUUGUCUCAGAAAGGAGCCUGGUGGUGAGAUUGUCUACGGGCUUAUGAUUACAGAUCCAUCCGCUCCACCUUUUAAUCCUGAUUUAGAACUUUACGAAGAACAAUUAGAUAAAGACCUUGCUAUUAAUGUUUAUCAAGACGGCCAAUGGGGUACUUACCGUCAUCUAUUGUUGGGACCUCUUGAAGUUGUGCAGGCUAACCACGCUUAUGUAAACACAACAACGGUUGGUGAUCUCUCCUCUCUUAGGUGGCUAGAAGGCCCCAUUAGAGAGGACACGACAAUCAAAGACCCUGAGCAAGUUCUUAUUCAUGUGUACUGCUCAGCCCUUAACUUCCGUGACGUAAUGACGGCGACUGGUCGUGUUACAGCAGAUGCUGUUGCCCGAGGUAGAUUGGCACAGGAUUGCGUACAAGGAUUUGAAAUUGUUGGAAGAACACCCAAUGGUUCACGUGUAAUGGCGAUGGUGCGAAACAGUGGUAUGUCCAACAUGGUUAAGGGAGACAAAGCUCUCAUGUGGAGUAUUCCUGAUGAAUGGAGUUUCGAGGAAGCUGCUACCGUGCCUGUGGCUUACGGAACUGUUUAUUACGCAUUGGUUAUGGUAGGUCAGAUUAAAAGAGGCGAAUCGAUUUUAAUCCAUGCUGGCUCGGGUGGUGUUGGUCAAGCUGCUAUUAAUGUAGCAUUGCACCUCGGAUGUGAAGUGUUUACUACCGUGGGUACAGCUGAAAAGCGAGCUUUCAUCAAGAAACUGUUUCCUCAAUUCAAAGACAGUCACAUUGGCAAUUCUCGUGAUACGAUAUUUGAAGAUAUGGUCCGAAGAGAAACGAAGGGAAAAGGUGUAGACUUGGUUCUAAAUUCUCUGUCAGAUGAUAAGUUACAGGCCUCAGUACGCUGCCUCGGUUACCGCGGUCGCUUCUUGGAAAUAGGAAAAUUUGACAUUAUGAAUAACACUCCAAUAGGAAUGUAUCACUUCAUGAAGGAAAAAUCGUUCCAUGGUAUUAUGUUGGACUACAUCUUCGACCAAAACUUUGAAUUUAGGACGAGGCUACGACAUCUCCUUUUGACUGGUAUAGAAACCGGAGCAGUUCGUCCACUAACAUACUGCAUAUUUAAAAAACACGAAGUUGAAAAUGCAUUCCGUUACAUGGCAGCCGGUAAACAUAUUGGAAAGGUGAUUGUAAAAAUUCGUGAUGAAGAACACAACAACCGAUCUGCAAAACCUACAAGUUUACCACUGGAAGCAAUGCCAAGGUACAUGUGCCAUGAAGACUUUGUAUAUGUCAUCGUUGGAGGCCUCGGAGGUUUUGGUCUCGAGCUAGCCGACUGGUUUAUCUUAAGAGGGGCCAGAAAAGUAUUGUUAACAUCCCGAAGGGGCAUCAGCAAUGGUUACCAAGCUUCACGCCUAAGAACAUGGGCCGCUUAUGGUGCGGAUGUGCGAAUUUCCACUCACGACGUUGUCACAGAGGCGGGAUGUGAAGAAAUGCUGAAAAUGGCUAAUUCCAUGGGGCCCGUGGAAGCGAUUUUUAACCUUGCUGUUAUUCUAAAAGAUUCCAUUUUCGAAAAUCAAACGCCUGAAACGUUCAAAACAUCAUUCGGCCCAAAGGCUCUUGCUACCAUGCAUUUAGACAAACUAUCAAGGAAACUCUGCCCUGAAUUAAAGCACUUCGUCAUAUUUUCAUCUGUGUCUUGUGGUCGCGGUAACGCUGGUCAAACCAACUACGGUCUGUCUAAUUCGAUAAUGGAAAGAAUAUGCGAAUCGAGAAAGAAGCUUGGAUUACCUGCCUUGGCAGUACAAUGGGGAGCAGUCGGUGAUGUUGGACUUGUAGCAGACAUGCAAGAUGAAGAUGUCCAGCUUGAAAUAGGUGGAACACUGCAGCAGAGAAUCUCUUCGUGUUUACAAGCUUUAGACAAGUUCUUGAAGCAAGACGCAGUUAUAGUUUCCUCGAUUGUAGUGGCGGAGAAGAAAGCUGGUGGAUCAGGCUGCGGAAACAUCGUUGAUACUGUCGCUCAGAUCAUGGGUAUCAAGGACCUGAAGACGGUGUCUCAGCAAGUGUCCUUAGCUGAAUUAGGUAUGGAUAGUAUGAUGGCUGUAGAAAUCAAGCAAACUCUAGAAAGAGAGUUCGAGAUCUUCCUUACAGCUCAAGAUAUAAGAACCCUGACGUUUGCUAGAUUAGUGGAACUGACAGCCCAAAGGGAAGCAGCCGCAUCAACUUCAGCUACCCGACAGAUACAAGUAGAUGGUGCGGCUGGUCUCCGCGUCUUGUUACGGAACUUUGGAGAUGAGAAAUUGGCUUCAGAACCUGUGAUCUACAUGUCCACGAUGGUCAGCGACAAUACAGACAAAGAAGUGCUAGAAGAGGUGUCGGAGCCCGUCAUGUUUAUGUUGCCCGGGUUGGAAGGAUGCGCGGCAGCCAUGGAGCCUCUGUGUCGCAGACUAAAAAUUAAAAUAUGUGCGCUACAACUCGGUGUAGAGUUCAAGAAUGACACUAUAGAACAAAUGGUCAACCGAUUAUACCAGACGGUGAGGACUCGUUUGAUCCCUGGUGCGCCUUACAUACUUCUCGGCUACAGUUUCGGCACGCUACCUGUUUUAAAAUUAGCAGCCGCAUUGGAGAACGACGGUCACACGGGAAUUGUGUUCUGUAUUGACGGAGCGCCAGACUUCUUAUAUGGACUCCUUACUAUGACUAUCAAUACAAAUAAUGACUCCCUGCUUCAGAACAGUCUUAUUUGUCACACUAUUGACAUUAUAUCUCCUGGCAAUAAAGUCACUAAUACCCUCAUGGAGAAACUAAAUGACAUAGAAUCGUACGAAGAUAGAAUCAAAUACGCUGUUAAGUUAACCCCAGUACAAACUAAGUACUCGCCCGAAUUUAUUAGUUCUAUCGCAUCUUCGAGUUACGAUCGUCUAAAGAUCGUACUGAAUUUCAAACCAAAUGAGAAGAAGCUGAAAGCGCCUAUUGUUCUCCUUCGUCCCAAAGAAACACCAGCUUUCCUUACAUGCGAGGAAAAUUACGGUCUAGACAAAUUUACAGAGAGUCCAGUCACUGUGCAUUACUUAGAAGGUAACCAUGUCAGCAUUAUUGAAAAUAAAGAUUGUGCCAAUAUUAUCAAUAGGAUCCUAGCUGAUAAGGCUAAAGAAACAAGGAAAACUCCGCUUAAUAUUGUUACUAGUAUGGUUGAAAACCAACGUUCGGUUCAAGUAUAG